AUGACGAUCGUCAUUAACCCGGUGCUCGAAAUGCUUUAUAAAAAAGCAUGUGGCGCAUCCGAGUCCAAAGCUAGGGGAUUUUGGAACAUUGCCCUGCAGCAUGCCUUUUGGGAACGAGAUCUCUAUAUGGUGCAGCAUGAGGUCAACCCCGAUGACUCCCUCCGCCGUUCCGACAUGGCAGUUACCCGGGUGAGCAACACGAUGAACGAUGAAGUUGCUCUGCUGUGGGUUGAGUGCAAGAGCGAUAUCGGAAACGCACGACAAGUUGAGCUUCAAGUUUAUGACGUCUGCAAUCUCAACGUGCCCAUGGACGACGAUAUUGCCAAUCGCGAGGUUUGGGCGAUGACUACAAUCGGCCUGUCCUUCCGUCUGUGGAAGUUUGACUGCGAAACCAGAAGUUUGACUCCCAUACACGGCCAACCUGGAGUCACAGCAACUCGGUCCGAAUACAUCGAUGCGAAACACCCCGAUGCUGUUGUCUUUUUCCAUGUCGUGCAAGAAAUCAAGAACCACACUGCGUCCAUAUUGACGGAGACCAUGUCGACAUCUGCGUCUCAUCCAGCUUCCCAUUCCGGCGAUACACCGGGCGUUUCGAGCCUUCCCAGCGCUGAGCCUCAAACUGGAUACGAGGGAACGAUGAUGCACGACGAAGGCGAUGACAUGACCUGGGACCAGUUUACCGAAUCCCACGCACAAUUUGACCUUACCGACUAUGAUUUGGGGAGUGGACAGGCAAUCAUCGAUAUGGGCGAAGCCAGGAAGCAGUCAUGGGCCAAGUGGUAG